GCAAAUAAAGCUAAAGUAAUACUGCAUUCCUUUUGCUCACUUGUCUUAAGGUCUCUCACCUCACCUCAGCUCUUGAAUAAACGACGGGCGUGAUAUCCCCGUCAAACCAGAGCUGCCAGUGCCAAAGCCAAUACUGUGGCAGUGAUUUUGUAUUGUAAUUUGUAACUGCAAAAAAAGACAUUGUUUUGGAUUUCGUGCAUGUCUGACAUUUCACAUGACAACUAGAUGUAGGUUCCACUACCCACCUUUACUUGUUUAGCUUAACUUUUUUUUGGCUCAAUCCUUUCCUUUUUAUUUGCUUUUCUCUUUCUCGCUCACUCUGGCCUACUGCUGUUUCGCUUUUUAGAGGAGGGGCAGGUGGUGGUAGAGGCUUAGAUUCUUAAAUCUUCUUCGCAGUUCUCAUUCCAACGGCUGGAAAGAAGGCCUUUUCAUGCCCGCCCGCCCACCCGCCAGCAUCGCCUCUCCUGUUUCUUUCUUUUUAAUAUCACCUUUUCAUUUUAGACCCCUUUCUUCCCACUUUUCUGAUUUUCUUUCUACUGCUGUCAAAUAUGAAUCUGGGUUUCAUUCUCACUGCUUCCUACCACUAAUGUUUGUUUUCCUUUUUUGUUAACUCCGAUAGAAUCUCUGCCUGCCGGGAUUUUGAGCUGUUCCUACUACUGUAGUGCAAAUAUUUGUUCUUAAAUAAGGUUAAACCAUCGGCGGAGCCCUUUUCCAUUAGCUGUAGAAGCACUAGUAGUAGAUUUCACUUCUUCUUUCCCAUAUCGGUAAUAUGGUUUUGACUUCAUUUUUCUGAUAUGGGUUUUUGCGGUGAAGAUUUUUGCUAAUAUUAGGCCUCGGAUCGAAACAUUUCCAACCAUUUUGUAGAAUCUUCCCAGCAGAGUAGACAUAGAGGAAGACAAUGGGGUGGGUUACAGUAGCAUAUAGAGUUAAUAUUGGGUUAGUAUGUUUGUUUAUGAUGUUGUGGAGUGUGAGUGGAAUUGGUGUGAACUGGGGAACCCAGGCAUCCCACCCUCUGCCCCCAGACACUAUAGUAAGGUUGCUGAGAGAUAAUGGGUUUCAAAGAGUGAAGCUGUUUGAUGCAGAUUAUGAUACACUCAAGACACUGGGUAAGACUGGGAUUGAGGUAAUGGUGGGAAUCCCAAAUGACAUGCUUGCUAUUGUGGGUGGCAGCAUGAAGGCUGCUGAGAAAUGGGUUGCGAAAAAUGUCACCCAACAUAUAACUUCCAAUAAUGUCAACAUCAGAUAUGUAGCUGUUGGUAAUGAACCUUUCUUGGAGACAUAUAAUGGAAGCUACCUUGGAAUAACCUUCCCUGCUCUUCGGAACAUCCAGUCUGCGCUGGUCAAAGCUGGGCAUAACAACCAAGUAAAAGUCACUGUUCCCCUCAAUGCUGAUGUUUAUGAAAGUACAAAUGGCUCUCCGUCUGGUGGGGACUUCCGUGCUGACAUCCAUGACAUCAUGCUUACAAUUGUCAACUUCUUGAGUCUUAGUGCUGCACCCUUCACUGUGAACAUCUAUCCUUUUAUAAGCCUCUAUUCUGAUCCCAACUUCCCAGUUGAGUAUGCAUUCUUUGAUGGCAAUGCAUCGCCAGUAAGUGAUGGUGGGACAUUAUAUUACAACAUGUUUGACGCUAACCUUGAUACCCUUGCACAUGCAUUACAAAAAAAUGGAUUUGCAGAUUUGCCCAUUAUAGUUGGUGAGAUUGGGUGGCCCACUGAUGGAGACCGAAAUGCUAACACAGAGUAUGCUCGGCGGUUCAAUCAAGGUUUUAUGUCUCAUAUUUCAGGUGGGAGAGGAACCCCGAUGAGACCUGGCCCAAUAGAUGCAUAUUUAUUUAGCUUGAUUGAUGAGGAUGCUAAAAGCAUUGCUCCAGGAAAUUUUGAACGCCACUGGGGGAUCUUUACAUUUGAUGGGCAGGCCAAAUACCCUCUGAACCUUGGUACUACGAACUCAGGAGCUUUAAUUCCUGCAAAAGGUGUACAAUACUUGGAGAAGAAGUGGUGUGUGAUGAAGCCUUCAGCCAGACUUGAUGAUCCACAAGUGGAACCAAGUGUAAGCUUCGCAUGUGGUUCUGCCGACUGCACUUGCCUUGGUUACGGGACAUCUUGCGGAAAUCUUGAUGCUAGGGGGAACAUUUCUUAUGCCUUUAACAGUUACUUUCAGAAGAAUAACCAGCUCGAAGAAGCCUGCAAAUUUCCGAAUGUUUCGAUGAUCACAAAAACAGAUCCCACUCCAACAGGUGGAAAUUGCAAAUUUCAUAUAAUGAUCCAGCCCUAUUAUGGAUCUGCAGGAUGGUACGGGCAGAAGCCAUUAGGAUUGACUUCUGUUCUUCUUCUCGUUUUCUCGUUGGUUCUGUGAAUUCUAAAAGGAUUCUACUUGAGAUAAUCUUGUGAGACAAAUGGUACACUAAUGUUGCACAUUGAAGCUAAUUAUUUUGAUGUAAGGUGGGUUUUUAGUACAACACCCUUAAUGGGUGGUAGACUGAAAAGUGUAUGAAUUAGAGCCAAAGCUCUCCGACAAAAUCCAGGGGGCUUUGAUCAUGUUUUUUUCUGUUUCAGUUUCUUUUAAGUCCACAACAUCAUACUCCUGAGAAAGGAUUUUGCUUUACUUUUUCUUUCAUGAUGAAGAUGAUGGUAGUAGUAAUCAACUCCACCCCCCCUUCCUUUUUAACAUUGAAUUAUGCAAAGGCUUCUUUAAAUGAAAAAACACAAUUAGCAAUGGGGUCUACCACAUCUGCAGGAGGAAGAGCAAAAUGUGCACCGGUGCCGGUAUAUGAUAGAUAAUAGAGCAAGCACAGCAUGUGAAUAAGGCUUGGUCCGCAAUUACCAACCUUGAGGUUUUUGCUCAAACCAUUUACCAAUUUUAUUUAAGUUGGAUAAAGACAAGGACAACAAAUUGGCAAACGAUACCAAAACUACACCGAAAAGAAAAAACACAAAUAGGAAGCCAAAUGUGCUUUGGAAGAGAACCUCAAAUGAUGUUCAUCUUUAAUUCUCGACAUGACAUAAAUCCCGAACAACUUUAUUAUCCUAGCACUUGUGUUUCCUUAUUCUGUGUACUUGGUUCAAUCAACUUGGUGGUAAGUGUUGGAGACAAGUUUCACCAG